AUGAGCUCGUCGAGUGCACCGGACAUGGCCUUCGUCGACCCGGACGCUCUCCGCGUCCUCAUCACAGGUUUUGGCCCCUUUGCCAAAUACAACGAGAAUCCUUCCUGGCUGGCCGUCAAACCACUCAACAACACCAUCAUCUACACAGAUCCCCCAGCUGAACCAAUUCUCCAUGUAGAACAUGAUGCCAUCAUCACAGAUGAUAUGGAAGAGAUGCUCCGCCCCAAGCCCGUUCAUAUCACCACCCUGCAAGUGCCAGUCACAUACAAAGCCGUCCUCUCUGCCGUACCCGGCUUCCAUGCUCGUCCCCCUGUCCUCCCAGAAUCCAACGAUCCUGACACAGUCCUUGCUCCUUCACCGAACGGUUACGACUUUAUACUCCAUGUCGGUGUUGCCGGUCGUGGUCCUCUCCGCUUGGAGAAAAUUAGCCACAAGAACGGAUUCCGCAUGAAGGAUGCAGAUGGAGAGUAUGCCCCCAUUGUUCCUCUCCUCCCAAAGGAGACCCCUAAGGAUCCCCUCAAUCCUACAGAUACCGACAUGGACAGGAUGGCUGACAUGUUGGGCCUAUCUUCCCCCAUGACCAUCCCCGGUAUCACGAUUCCUGGCCAACCCCCCAUCCUUGGCUCUGGAAUGUCCGUGCCAGGUCAGGCUCGCGCCGAGGGGGGAACGGACGGAACGGAUCACCCCCCGAAUCGCGGAUUUGGCAAGGGAUACGAAACGUUUGCCGAUGAACUGACGACGAGCAUCGAUGUAGCGAAACUUCUCCAUUACCUGAAGGAGAAUGGCGUCGAGCAAGUGUACUCGUCGAUGGACGCGGGCCAUUACCUCUGCGAUUUCAUGCUGUACUGCUCUCUCGCCGAAGCCAAGAGACUGGCUGCACGCCAGGAGAAACUACAAGAGCGGACUGUCCCACCCAAGUGCACUCCAGUAUUAUUCAUGCACUGUGGACCCGUUGAUCAGCCUCUCAGUACCGCGGAGGUGACAGAAGCUAUAAAGAAGGUAGUUAGCUGGGUGUGUGGGCGCCUCCACACAUAG